AUGGCCAACAAUACUCCGAAAGUCCAGAUGUCUGAUGAUGAAGCAAUCGGAGAGUUCCGUGAUAGCUACUCGGUCGUUAUCCAUAAUAAUUCAAUCUCCAGCAAAAACUACACGCUUUCCGUCCAGCCGCCGCUUCUGGAGCCAAAUGAUAUACCGGUCAAUACGCAUGUCAUCCGCGUAGCUAAAGGUAUCCCCGACAAUGGUGGCGUCGUACGCUUCGAAAUUCCAAACCAGCUGUACGCUAUCUGUGGAUACAAUGAUUUGCCAGCCACAUCUCCAUUGAGUGAGGAUGGUACUAUGACCGUCAUUGCGAAAGCUACUAUAGAGGUAGUGGCCAAGGUGCCUGUCACUCUAGGCUCCCAUUCCAAGGAUGGCACCAUUAAUGCCGCAUCAUCUCUGGCCGUCAGCUACGUAGACGAGACGCUCUCGUUUGCAUCCGCCGAGCUCGUAUCCUCGCUAACCAUCGUGGGUGGUUUUACGAUUACUACGGGGGGCGGCUUUACUCCGCAUCAAGCCAAGAAAGGUGUGUAG